AUGACCCAACACAACCAUCAUCUUCACACUCACAAUCACAACCAAAUGCUUUUCUGGCAAGAAAACAUAUGUGCAUAUUUUCACUAUUUUGCAGAUUCUAUGGAAGGAGUGCCAGCGUAUCCCUUAUACAAGCGUCUGGCUUCGGCUUUGUUGAGGUGUAUGGAUUCUGAAACGUUUUGUAGGACAGGCGGCAAUUUGGCCAUGGUCCAUGAAUUUGAAGAUUCUUCCAUACAGCAGAAACAGCAAGUGUGGCACAAAUUGAUUGUGGAGAAGGGGUUUGAAAUUUUAAAUGUAAAUAAUGCUGUGUUAACUGAUCCAUUUUGUUUGCUCUGCUCCACUAUAUCGACUGCAUAA